AUGAAAAAAUGUGACUUAAUAAUUUAUUCAUUUUUCUUUUUAUUAAUAAUAAAAUGUUAUAAUCAAUUUAUAAUUUUAAAUAACAUAAAAAUGAUAAAUCCUAUUGUCAAAAAUAUCUACAAGAGUAAAAGAUACGUAAAUAUAUAUGCAAAAAAAAAGAAUAGAAAGGUUGUUGUUUUAGAAUGUACAGAAGCAAGAAAGUUAGGAAAACGGCCAUCAAGGUAUGUUACCGAAAAAAACAAAAUAAAUACACCAAAAAAAUUGCAGUUAUAUAAAUACAAUAAAUAUCUUAAGAGAAGAACAUUACACGUAGAAAUUAAAUAA